AUGGUUGAAUCUCCCGCAACUGUAGCUUCUGCAACACAAAGAUUAGUCCCUAGAAGGCAGACUAUCGAAGAUGCCUACUCACCACCGGCAAAUUUUUUGGAGAUAGAUGUGUGCCGACCACUUACACAUGGGGAUGGAAAGAAUCGUUUCACGGAUUAUGAAGUUAAUUUGAGGACUAACCUACCAAUAUUCGCACAUAAAGAGUCCUCUGUUCGUCGUCGAUACAGUGACUUCCAAUGGCUUCGUGAUGAGCUAGAUCGUGAAAGCAAGAUUGUUGUUCCUCGGCUGCCAAGCAAGGCAUGGAAACGCCAGUUACCUUUCCGGGCGGAUGAGGGUAUAUUUGAUGAGGAUUUCAUUGAAGAACGAAGGAAAGGACUGGAAGAAUUUAUAAACAGAGUGGCUGGACAUCCAUUAGCUCAAAAUGAAAAGUGUUUACAUAUGUUUCUACAAGAGAAGACAAUCGAUCGAAAUUGUCGACUUGGCAAGUUACGUAAUAUCUAG